AUGAGCGUUCGGGUCGUCGCACGAGUACGACCACUUCUCAAGUCGGAACGCGAUCUCGAUGUCAUUCUUCGCACCGGUGCCUCCGCUGGUGCUGCCGAAACCAAGUCGCGCGAGUCUUUGAACGGCGACCGAAAGCUGGCAGCGUUGAGGGACAGAGAUAACGUUGUUCGCAUUCCCAACCCCAAGAACGAAGGCGAGGAGUAUACUUUCCAGUUCAAUGCGGUCUACGAUGCGGAUGUGACACAACAGGAGCUGUUUGAUGCAGAGGUCGCGCCCACGAUAAAGCACCUGUUCAAUGGAUUUGAUAUUACUCUCUUCGCCUACGGUGUUACUGGAACCGGCAAGACACACACGAUGCGCGGCGGUAAAAGUCUCGCGGACCGAGGUGUUAUUCCCCGACUCCUGAGCGGCAUCUACAGACGGAGUCGAAAGAUGGAAAAGGAUAGCAACGGAGAGACUACCGUGCAGGUCUCUCUGAGCUACUACGAGAUUUAUAACGACAAGGUGUAUGAUCUGUUUGAGCCGCCCGAGAAGCGCACACUGGCAGGGCUUCCUCUUCGGGACAACGGAGGCAAGACAGUAGUCUGUGGGCUGACCGAGAAGCCGUGUACGAGUUUGAAGGAGUUUGAGAGCCUCUAUGAUCAGGCAAACACUAACCGUUCGACUUCGGCGACGAAGUUGAAUGCCCAUUCGUCUCGUUCCCACGCGGUCCUUGGAGUAAAGAUUACGGUCACAACCCCGGAAAAGACCCGCACCAGCACUGCUUCUGCCAUCGAUCUUGCAGGCUCGGAAGACAACCGACGAACUGAGAAUGACAAAGAGCGCAUGGUGGAGUCGGCCAGCAUCAACAAGAGUCUCUUUGUUCUCGCACAAUGUGUCGAGGCAAUCACCAAAAAGCAACAACGCAUCCCGUAUCGCGAGUCAAAGAUGACUCGAAUUUUGUCACUGGGACAAAACAAUGGCCUGACUGUCAUGAUCCUCAAUCUUGCACCCGUCCGAUCAUACCAUUUGGACACGAUUAGCUCUUUGAGUGUUGCCAAUCGCACCAGGAAGAUUGAGGUUCGAGAAGUCGAGAAUGACCCGAUUUUCAAAGGUCCUGCUAGACCCGCCGUUCGACCAUCUUUGGCAGCAACCCGGAAACCGCUGCAGCCCCUCACUGCUUCAGUUCAUGUCAACAUGCCCGCUUCUGUCGUCAAAGACCCCGCUAAGAAGGAUGAGGAAAAGCCCCUGAAGGCUUUCAGUGUCUACUCCGAUCGAUCCCAGCCCAAGGCUGUGACUCAAAUUCGGAAGUCUGAGAUUUCCAAGUUGCCGUCUCUCUCCGAGGCGCAUCCCAUUCGAACCUUGAAGCCACCCCGUCCGAGCAUCGUCCCACCACAGAUGAACUAUGGUGAUAUCUACGCGGCUAAGAUUGAGGAAAUGGUUGAGAAAAAGGUCGAGGAGAUACUGGCUGUUCGGGCUGUGAGUGAGCAAUCAAGACAGACUGAGGCCCGUGAGUUAAAUGAGCAGCUCCAGCGUCGAUUGGAACAGCUCGAACAGCGCAUUGAAGGCACCGAAGACGCUCGUGCAGAGGGUCUUUCAUAUCUGCUCAUGGCCAAACAGCACCAGGCGCGUGGCGAGAGCAGCUCCGCAUUGAGGAUGUACCAGCUGGCUCUCCCGCAUUUCCCGCACAAUGAGAAGCUUGCAGCUAAGAUCGCAGCUCUGAAGGAGCGCCUUCAUGGGAAGGUUCAACCUCGUCAGUCCGCUGCUCAUGUGUCACCUCCCAAGGGCAGAUUCGGAAGCAUGCUGUCUCUCAAGAAGGAGCCGACUCUUACCCUAGGCAAGCGCCAAGCAGAGGAUCUUGACAAUGAGUACAUGGAUCAAACUGGUGGUGACGGGUUCUCAAGUGGCGAGGAUAGUAUCCUGCCAAAGUCAAAGAAACGCGCUACGUCCAAGGCUCUCCGUCACAAUGGGGGUGACCUGAGUGUACUGGAUGACUACGAGGAUCCCUCCGUAUCCCCACGCACAAUCCACCUCCUCUCCAUCAUCAACUCACGGGAUGUAAGCCAAAUCAAGUUAUUGAAAGGCGUUGGCGCUAAGAAGGCAGAGGCUAUCGUUGACUGCCUCUGCGAGAUGGACCAGUCGUUGGUUACCAGCGACGAAAGAAUCUCGGACCAGCCACAGUUCCAGGUGAGCAGUCUGGCUGAGCUGAGUACGUUGAAGGGUGUGGGUGUUCGUACGGUCGAGAACAUGCGGAAUGGAGUUUUGGUUUGA